AUGAGUUCGUCAAAAUCACCUCCUUCUUGCUACGGCUCACCAUGCGCUGCCUGCAACUAUCUGAGAAGAAAGUGCUUUUCAGAUUGCGUUUUUGCGCCACAUUUUCCCGCCGAUGACGCUGAAAAAUUCGAAAUCGCCUGCAGAACUUAUGGCGCCAGUAACAUCUUCAAGAUUUUCAGCCGACUCCGCCACGACGAGCGCGACGAGGCCGCGGCGUCUCUCGUCUACGAGGCGGAGGCUCGCCGGAUCGAUCCUGUGUACGGCUGCGUCGGUUUCAUAUCGAUUCUUGACGACAGGCUUAAACGGAUUCAAUCCGAUCUCGUUGAUGCCAAGAGAGAGCUCUCGAUUUACUUAGGAUCGGAAGCAUCGGCGGCUGCUGCCAGUGUUUCGAUUCCGCAAUUUGCCGCUGGUUCGUCUUCAACAACUCCGGAAUUUUUGGCGCAACUUCCGAGAUUGAGAGCGGCGCCCACUCGUCAAUCUUUGAAUGAACAACAGCUUUUGGUGUACAGUUCGCAGAAAUCGACGAUUGACAAUGACAUUCGUCAAUCUUUGAGACAAGAGAGCGUAGAUCAACCACAAGAGAUGCCAUUGGUUGAUAAUUCAAAAGGCUUUGGAUCCAACGAAAAUGAUCAGAUUCAGAUUCAACCACAUGUACAAGAUCAGAUGUGUCUAAUCUUCGAGUCCUUGAGUAAUCGCUAG